CUUGUCGCAGUUGCUUUUCUCUGCCAAACAAUACUAAGAAAAUUGAUUUAACCACCUAUUUUUAUACAUUUUACAAAGAAAUUUAGUUAGAUCUUUCCAACUUUCUUAUUUAUUUGUACUAGUCAUUUUGAUAAUGUAAUAAUAAGUGUACCCAUGGCUUCCAAUUCGCAAGAUUCGCCUGUUCAGCAGAGAUUUGUAGAGGAGAUUGAUUAUAGUGAAAUACGUGAAAUAUCGAUUGUCGGUAAAGGUGCAUUUGGUGUAGUUUGGAAAGGUCUGUGGCGAGACACAUUUGUAGCUGUAAAGCACAUAAAUUCAGAAGCUGAAAGGCGUGAAUUUACCAUAGAAGUUAGGCAACUCUCGCGUGUUUCACAUCCUAAUAUCGUACGGCUCUAUGGAGCGUGUACACAGAGAGACCAUGUUUGUCUAGUAAUGGAAUAUGCAGAAGGUGGUUCACUGUACAACGUGCUGCACAAUCGCCCCAAGCCUAAAUACAGCGCAGCACAUGCCAUGAGCUGGGCACGACAGUGUGCGGAGGGAGUUGCAUAUCUUCAUGCAAUGAAACCGAAACCACUAAUACACAGGGAUUUAAAACCACCAAACUUACUUCUAGUGGGUGGUGGUCAAAGGCUGAAGAUUUGUGACUUUGGUACUGCAGUUGACAAAGCCACAUAUAUGUCCAAUAAUAAAGGCAGCGCUGCUUGGAUGGCUCCAGAGGUAUUUGAAGGAUCAUCAUAUACUGAAAAAUGUGAUGUGUUUUCAUGGGGUAUUAUUUUGUGGGAGGUACUUUCAAGAAGAAAACCUUUUGAGGAAGGAGGCUCAGCUUAUAGGAUAAUGUGGGCUGUUCACACAGGUCAGAGGCCAAACUUAAUAGAGGGCUGCCCAAAGCCAAUAGAACAAUUAAUGACACAAUGUUGGCACAAAGUACCAGCAGAGAGACCCAGUAUGGCUCAGGUUGUAGAAAUGAUGACAGCGCUUUGUGAGUUCUUCCCAGGCGCUGACAAACCUAUUAACUACAACGACUGUGAAGUGGACGAUACAGAUGACCAGUACUUGAUGCACACAGAGGACGGGCUUGGCACCGAGACAGAUGACAUUAUAUCGUCCCAGGUACUCCUCCCAACAGACGUAGAAUACGAGAGCAGCCCCAGUCAAGUUGUUCUCAGGAAUACCAACAACUCCAUACCAGGAUCCAGGCCGCGCAGUUUUGUAGAAACGCAAGUGACUAAAUUACAAAAUCUUAUUGCGGCCGAAACGCAGCCGAAAGUAACGGCGUUACCUCGUGAGGAAACGGAUGCGUUAAACAGAAUAGGACCAGUAAGAAUUCCGCUACAGUUCAAACCGCCCGAUGAAGCUGGCAGGUCGCCUGUAUCUAUAAACCGAAUUUCUAGCUCACCAGUACCUUCUGAAGGCAGACAGUAUUUACAUAGUGAAGGCAGCACUCCACAGGACAGUUUGCUUGCGGUUAGAAGCCCUAUUAAUAUAUUUAGUGAGAGUUCUUCUCCAAAAAGAUUGUCUCCUGUAGUUUAUUAUAAUGUUGGCAACAUAAACCCUAGGCAUAUGGAUAUAGAUCAGUACUGCAAUGACAAAUUAUCACCCGGUGGAUGUUCAUCGGUAGCGACGAGCAAUUCUAAUUCCCUAAGAAAAGAGGACUACAAUCAAAACUAUAGUGAUAAAGUGAGUGCAGGAAAUAGUCCAUUGAUGCCAAUGACUGAAUACAAUGGAAAUAUUUCACAAAGUCAUCCAAUUCAAAUGCCUUUACAGAUAGAUGUCGGUUCUAACCCUUGGGAGUUGCAAGAUCCAUAUGACUAUGACGACCUAAGUGUCAGAAACAGUGCUGGUUUUGAUAAAUUUUUCACUUUUGAUAGCAGUGGGUCGACGCAAGGCGAGGGCGUCGUGCCCCCACCUGAACCUGACCCGGCGCUGGACUCCAUGCACACGAUGCUGGAGCCACAUCUGAGACCCAUCUCCCCUGACCUCAAUAACGAAGAGUCUAAGCGAAUAUAUGAGGAACAUAAGCAACUAGCACCUGAAUAUCUUAAGGUUCAAACAGAAUUAGCGUUUUUAAGUAACAAAAAAUCAGAAUUGGAAUCACAGAUGGACGAGGAGGAGUUACGACAAAAAAGAGAGAUUAUACAAUUAGAAAACGAGAAGGAAUCCCUAAUCAAGUUGUACCAAAGUCUAAGAAAGCAAUUGGCACGAGUGGAAACUGACAAUUGGCCACAUGAAUGACGGCGUCCAGUCGUUACUCACACCCCAGGGACCACAGCGUGACCACCGCGUGACCACGUUACCACCAACCCUACUCUCACGCGCCCGCUUUUGUGUACGACUGCCAAAAACUUUGGAGGCUAUCACGGACAACUACCACAGACAGAUAUAUGUAGAUGCCGCAACGUAACAGUAGUAACGUACUUACCUAUUUUUUCUGAGCUAAGAAUAAAUAGUACUUAUUACAGAUAUUUCACUCCAGAUUCUUAAAACGCAUCUGUCGUACAAAACAAUAAAGUAUGAUUUAGCAUGCGUGCUAUGCUUAUCGGAGGCCUCAGGCCUAACGCACUCAGAUACUUAGAAGGACAGAGACAUGUCCGAAAUAAGUGCAAUAGAGCCAUUCAUAAACUACGGUACUUUAUAUAUUAAAUAUAACGUAACAGCAUAUAGUCUCAAACUAAGUAGAACCUGUACAAUGAGUAACUAGACAAGUAAUAUACAUACAUAAAUAUUUAUGUAUAAUAAAUAAAAGUAAGAUAUAAACUAAUACAAAUAACUAUACUCAUGAAUAGAAAUGUAUGUAUGUAUGAAUACAAAACUAAAUAGAUUUUUUACCAUCAUAAUAGGAAAUAGUUACUAUACAGAUUGAAUUACGUGCGGCAUCUGUUUUUGUCUGUGACAAACUAUACUGAUCUCAAUAUCACACUAAUGAGCCUUCGUUAUAUUGUGCCUGUGUACAGGACCAUAUAUAUAAUUGCAUGUUGUGUAUGAAUUUAUUAAGGUAUAGUCAUUUGCAGUGCUUUAACUUUAAUUAUAGGUGAAAACGUCGUCUAACCCGUUAUGUUAGUUUUUUUAUUACCAU